AUGCAAGAGCAAAAGGUUAUUCAGUUCAUUGAUCCUGUCGUGCUACCUCGACACAACGCUAGCCGCGAAGCGUUCUUUGACGGCAAGAUUGGAAUGUGGCAUUUCGUGCGGCACAGACCUGCUGAAAGGAACUCGCGAAACCGCUCUGCUGAUACAAUGGUGACGACGUUAGUGAAUGUCGACGGAAAAGUGUGUACAAACUACGUCCUCAACAAGGUCGUACCUGCCAUCAAGGCGAAGUUUCAAAGCGACAUCAAGAAGGUCAUCCUUCAACAGGUGCUAUCACAAAUGCUGUUCUCGUGGCUGCAGCCACAAACGGGUGGACGUGACGCGCCGCCAACGGCCAAACAGCCCUGA